AUGAAGCCUAACUGGGAACCUUUCGUGAAAUCUACUGAAGAUGAUUGGACUGCUGUACCAGACCCCGCCCAGCGAAAGCGGAUCCAAAACAGGCUGUCCCAACGAGCCAGGCGGUCACGACUUGCUGGUAAACAGAAGCAAGUGGCACAGUGUGAAGGUAAUGAGGGCACGGGAGUCCUCGUGAGAAGAGAUGCACGUCCUAGUCCCGGGCAAUCUUCUACUCAAGCCUCAAGCAUGGCUUUCGCAGACAUGUUCGAUGCAAGCCUCUUAUAUAACCAGUGCCUACCAGAACAACCCACAAUGGACAGUCAUUACCUCAUCUUGACCGACCUGACCGCCGCCACAGCCCUAGCCGUCAUAGCCCAGCGUCUCGACCUCGACUGCCAGCAAAUACCAGGCUUCAACAUUAAAGCCCUAACCGACAGUCUCCCAUCUGCUAUAGCGCCCACUCAAUUACAGAAGAGCGUUCCUCACCUGUCGUACCUGGACAUGCUGCCCUGGGCGUCAUUGCGGGAUCGACUCCUCAAAUCUCUCUCUAUUAUUAAUGAAGAGGAGUUUGCGCGUGAUAUGCAGUAUGGAAGCUUGAAGGUAUGGGGGACUGUACCGUGGGACCCGAUGGGAUGGGAGGUUGGCGAAGACUUUGCGAAGCGGUGGUGGUUUUUGAUGGAUAGUGGGAUUAUUCAGACGACUAACUUUUGGAGAUCUCAGCGAGGAGAGAGGCCAUUAACUCUGGAACUGCUACAAUGCUGA